UCAGUUUUUGUUCCUAUUUUUUAUUUUUAUUUAAUAAAAUCUUGGAAGGAAGGAAUUCUGCUUUAGUUUAUGUACAGUUUUGAUGGUGCUUCAAUCUGCAUAAGCAUUACAGAAGAAGGAGCUUGUGAUCUCAAUCUCCUUCUUUGCUUUCAUUUUGUAUUGCUCACCACCAUUCUUAUCUGGUUAGAAUCUAAAAACUCAUUGAUGAAUACAUAGGUUUUUCAAUGUGAAUGAAUUGAAUUCAUAUUUCUAAUUCAUCUCUCCUCUUUCUUUUCAGGGUUUAUUCUAGGUCAAAUUAUGGAACAAUUUAGGCAAAUUGGGGAGGCACUGGGGGCUUUGAAAUCUGUGAUGGUAUUCCGGGAGAACAUUCAAAUAAAUCAGAGGCAAUGUUCUCUGCUGUUUGAUGUGUUCAACUCUGCAUAUGAGUGUAUUGCAGAUGAGAUUACACAGAACCUGCAAUUUGAAGAGAAGAAUGUGAAGUGGAAGAUUUUAGAGCAACCCCUGAGGGAGAUCCAUAAAAUUUUCAGAGAAGGUGAAACAUACAUUAGGCAAUGCAUGGAAACAAAGGAUUGGUGGGCGAAAGCCAUUACCUUGUGCCACAACACAGAUUGUGUUGAGUUUCACAUACACAAUCUGCUUUGUUGCAUGCCGGUAGUAAUUGAAGCUAUAGAGUCUGCAGGAGAAACAUCAGGGUUGGAUCAAGAGGAGAUGCAAAGGAAGAAGUACAUAAACUCUAACAAAUACAAGAAAGAGUAUAGAGACAUGAAGCUUUUCCAAUGGAAAUUUGGGAAGCAGUACCUCAUCACUCAGGACUUGUGCAACCGUUAUGAUAGUGUUUGGAAGGAAGAUAGAUGGUUCCUUUACAACAAAAUCCUAGAAAAGAAAGUGGAAGGUGUGACAAAGUAUGAGAAAAAAUUGAUAGAUUUGCUUCUGAGAAAUUUGGAAAUAGCAGAAUCAGUAGCAGGGAGGCUCCUUCCGAGCUCAAUAUUGGUUGGAUCUAAGGACUUUCAGGUGAGGAGAAGAAUGGGGAAUGCGAGCCAGUACAAGGAGAUUUCGUGGUUAGGUGAAAGCUUUGUGAUAAGACAUUUUACUGGGGACAUUGAAGCUUUGCAACCUGAGAUCAUAGACCUUUUAUCUCUUUCCCAUCCAAAUAUAAUGGACUGCCAUGGUGGUUUUACUGAUGAGGAGAAGAAAGAGUGUUUUUUGCUGAUGGAACUCAUGAGCAAAACACUUUCCACCCACAUCAAAGAGAUUCACGGUCCAAGAAGGCGAAUACCGUUCUUGCUUCACGUAGCAAUUGAUAUCAUGCUUCAGAUUUCCAGAGGAAUGGAGUAUUUGCAUUCAAAGAAAGUGUAUCAUGGAGAACUAAACCCUUCAAGCAUUCUUGUUAAGCCUAGAAGUGCAUCCCCAGAGGGUUACUUGCACACCAAGGUAACUGGAUUUGGACUAACUUCUGUGAAGGAUUUGAAUCAGAAAGGGAACACAAAUCAGAAUGGAACUCCCCCAUUCAUCUGGUACUCUCCUGAAGUACUUGAGCAGGAAAACUCAGGAGGCACACCAAACUCCAAGUACACAGAGAAAUCUGAUGUAUACAGUUUUGGAAUGGUUUGCUUUGAGCUUCUAACUGGCAAAGUCCCUUUUGAAGAUAGUCAUCUCCAAGGGGAGAAAAUGAGCAGAAACAUAAGGGCAGGAGAGAGGCCACUUUUCCCACUUAAUUCACCCAAAUAUGUCAUAAACUUGACAAAGAGAUGUUGGCAUAUUGAUCCACAUCAACGUCCAAGCUUUUCUACCAUAUGUAGAGUUCUUCGCCAUAUAAAAAGAUUUCUUAUUAUGAAUCCUGGUUACAGUACUCAGCCAGAACCACCAGUGCCAUCACUAGAUUAUUGUGAUGUAGAGUCACUGCUUCUGAAGAAGUUUCCUUCUUGGGGAAGUUCUGAACCUGCACCAGUAUCAAUAAUCCCAUUUCAAAUGUUUUCCUAUCAAGUUGUUGAACGAGAAAAAAUAACUGCAUGCUGUAAGGAUAACUAUGAGUCUGGAAGUGAUGCUUCAGCUUGUGGUGAUGAACUUGUUACUUCAGGGGAUGAACCGUUUCCAUCCACAGCUGAAAGGAAGUCUUUGCUUGGAAAUGAUAUUAUGAACAGAAAAAUUAUUUUGACCAGGAAAUCUCUUGAUUUGAAGCUCACCAAACAACCAGGUACAACGAAAGGGAGAACAGCAAGACCUCCACAAAUGUCCCCUCGUGCAAGUAUGAGAAUUCCAUCAGAGAACCAUAUAUCAAGUUCAAGGGCAAUAAGAAGAGUAUCUUCUGGUCAUGUCUCAGACUCUGAGCUUUCUUAGAUCACAGAAUGGAUUCACAUUUUAUUCUGACUUCAGACACCAAGCAGAUACUUAUAAACUCGAGACUCUUCUCAUUUGCAAGGAUGGAUUCACAUAAUUAACUUAAGUAGAUUAAAUUAAUGUAUUUUUGACCUGAGUA